AGGGGUUGUUGCAAUAUCUCUUGAUGGCUCACUAUAUUACGUUGGACACAUAAUGGCUUUAUGGCGCGGGUAUAGCUGAUUUUUUUUUCUAUUUAUCUCACCUUUUAUCGACGCCUUUUUUCAGUCUGAAUUUUUUUUUUUUUUUCCUUUGCACAUGUCGGGGGCAGGGGAACAAACGGAACCACAGCAAGUCUAACUGGUCCCCUUCAUGUUUCGGUUCUGUGCGACGCAGCAGUGGGCUUUGCGGUAUCCAGCUGCGGCUUUUAAACUUUGUUUUUUUUGUUUUGCUUUUUGUUUUUCUACAGGUGAACUAACUGUAUUUUGUGCGUUUUGUCACCGUUCAUACAGUGAGUGGUUGCUACCGAAAAUUUUGGACAAACGUGGGGAAAAUAGUUCAUGUUAACGCCAGCGGUAAAGGUGUAAUUACUUCGCACUUCCAAACAUGGCUGCUCCGUGGAGAAAAGUUUAACACUGACGUGGAGAAGUUUCUUCCCCCCCCCCCCCCCCCCCCUUUUUUUGUGUGUUUGCCGGUUCGAGUCCAGGCCCUGGUACCGCUUUACCCCCGAACUCCAUCCCGCCGGGGAAGAGUCUCCUCCUGCUCCUCCACAGUGGACUUUUUGUUGAAGUGUUCGCCGUAAUACGGAGAUAAAAGAUGCAUUUUUCCAUCCCCGAAACCGAGGUUCGAUCGGGAGAAAAUGGAUCGACAUAUGUGGCUUACAACAUCCACGUGAAUGGUGUUCUGCACUGCCGGGUACGCUACAGUCAGCUUCUUGGCCUCCAUGAGCAGAUAAAGAAGGAAUAUGGCAGCAACGUAGUUCCUGCCUUCCCCCCAAAGAAGAUCUUCACGCUGACUCCUGCUGAGGUGGAGCAGAGACGAGAACAUCUGGAAAAAUACAUGCAGGCUGUACGGCAGGAUCCUUUGCUCGGAGCCAGUGAGAUAUUUAACAGUUUCUUGAGGAAAGCCCAGCAGGAGACACAGCAUAUUCCUACAGAAGACGUUGCUCUAGAUAUUUGCCUCUCCAAUGGUCAGAAGGUCACAGUAAACAUUCUGACCUCGGAUCAGACAGAGGAUGUCCUUGAGUCUGUUGCAAUAAAGCUCGACCUCCCCGACGACCUCGUGGGGUACUUCAGCUUGUUCCUUGUCCGCGAAGGUGUGGACGGCGGCAUAACAUUUGUGCGGAAGCUGCAGGAGUUUGAGUUGCCGUACGUGUCCAUUACCAGCUUGCACAGCUCGGAAUUCCACAUCCUCCUACGCAAAAGCUACUGGGACAUGGCGUACGAUAGUGAUGUCAUGGAAAACCGAAUUGGCUUGAAUCUACUCUACGCCCAGACGGUGUCUGACAUUGAGCGAGGAUGGAUACUUGUCAACAAAGACCAGCAGAGGCAGCUCAAGUCGCUGCAGGAGAAAGGCUCCAAAAAAGAAUUCAUCCAUCUAGGGCAGACACUGAAAUAUUAUGGCUACAUCAAGUUUGACCCGUGUAUCACGGACUUCCCCGAAAAGGGCUGCCAAGUCAUCGUCAGCGCCGGCAACAACGAGCUCAACUUCCACGUCAAGCUGCCCAAUGACCAGAUGAAAGAGGGAAGCUUCAAGGUCACGCGCAUGAGGUGUUGGCGGGUCACCUCGUCUCAGGUACCGAUAUCCAACGGCACGACCAAUCAUUACAGCUCAGCCAAAUGCGAAGUCAAACUGGAACUGGCCUUCGAGUACCUGAUGAGCAAAGACCGCCUCCAGUGGGUCACCAUCACCAGCCAACAGGCAAUCAUGAUGAGCAUCUGCCUGCAGUCGAUGGUGGAUGAAUUAAUGGUGAAGAAGUCGGGCGGCAGCAUCAAAAAGUUGCUGAAGAAACGACACAACGGUUCCCUCCACAGGCCAGACGGUCAGCAAACUGUGAAAUCUCCCCCUCUACUGGUGAGAUAUAGCAUAGUUGAAACAAAUGUCAAACUUUCAACCAAGCUGAGCUCCGUGUCUCUCCGAGGGAUCACCGCCUCAAACUCGGCAAAUGACAUCAGCGGCAACGAAUUCCACGGCAACUAUGCUUUUGAGGUUAUCGGGGACGAUGACCUCUGAAGUCCCCUGUUCCAGAGUCACCAAACAGGACGUCAGACAUUAUAAGCUGAGCCGAGCAGAGCACAGGUGUCUUUUUUCUUUUUCUUUUUUGCAAGAUUGUAGCUUCUUCCUGGAGAAAUUGCUGCCUUAUGCUCGUUUAAUUUUCAUCACACUCUAAAAGCUCAUCUCAGCUGAUUCACUGACAUCUUGCUGAACUCAUGGCGUUACAAAUAGCACCAAAAGCUGCAGGUGUAAACCGGGCAACAAAUUCUAUCUACUUUUGUAUUUGCGUUGCUGUUUUCAUCUAAUGCAGUUAAAAUUUUCUUGGAGGUACAAAGGAAAUUAAUAUAUUCUUAACUUUGAGCACGAAAAAAAAACUGACUGGCUGCGU